AUGUUUAUUGGUUUCCCAAUAGAUCUAAGCAUUAACUCUCGAGUUGAUGAUGAUCUCCUUUAUCUUGGUCUAAGCAUCGGCUUUCGGGUUGAUGAUAAUCAAUGUUAUCUUGAUCUAAGCAUCGACCUUCAGGUUGAAAACGAUAAAUGUUAUCUUGAUUUAAGCAUCAGUGUUCAGGUUGACAAUGAUCUCAUUGUCCUUGAUCUAAGCAUUGACCUUCAGAUCCUUCACUCCCUUUUCACCUCAGAUGAAGGACUCCAUCCGCCAAUUUGUUCUUCUUUCGAUCGAUUUGUGAAAGUUGGGUUAAAUUUGAUUUGA